AUGUCGAAAGGGGUUUCAGCCUUGCGCGGCGAGAGCUCCGAACUCACCUGUGCAUCGACCACAUCCUACCAAAGCCCCGAACAUGCAUCGCAGUGGCGGAACAAGGCUCUCGAAGGACUCUCACUGGGGUCUGAGUUCCGCAUUGUGAGAUUUCUCCGGAACGAGAACCACGGAGACCUGUACUUGCUUGGUCACAGCUCCAACGAGAAGAAAUACGUCGCCAAGGCCAUCUACUUUAGAGGUUGGUCCCCGAAAGUGCAAGCGCACCGGAAGAAACACGUGAAGAGACUGAAAGCGUCGUCGUCCUUCAUAUGCGUGCUUGAAGAGCAUGGCUUGAAGUGGGUGAUCCGCGACCAUGAGGAGUCGGGGAAGGCCGAUACUGGCAUUGCGCCUGCUCUUGGGCCUGGAGAGCUGGACAGGACGACAUCUGGUGGAACUCCGCCACCCUGCCCUGACCAGGCAAGCGAAGAGCAUUCCACCAAUAUUGAGACGGUCAGCGACAGCCCAGCAAACAGGACAAGCGAUCGAGGUCCCCAACCCGACACUGAUCCAGCGCCUGAUGGAGACUGGAAUUUGCACUCCUUCUCAAACUCUACAGUGAUGAAAGUCGGAUCAGAGUCCUUGCUCGAAGGAGAUUCUGGCGUGGUGAAUGAGAGGGCUCAAAAUCCCGAGCCCAGUGAAAGCGCAGUUGAUGCAUUGUCCGCAGCGUUUGACGAUUUGUUCGGAGGCUCUGAAACGUCGUCUGAGCAAGACACCAGCGAAAAAACAAAGAGAGGGUCAAGGAAAGAAGCAAGAAAGGCUCGAUGGAGGACAAUCCAACGGCAUCGUCGUCAAAUCAGUAGGCAGGAGGCCACGGCAAGUCUGAGGGCGAUUUGGCAGCCACGAACAGCGUCAGUGCAGUUGCUGAUACCAGAGCCCAGGAUGCGGGCGAGGACAAAGAUUUCGAAUGACGGCAAGGAUAGAGUCAGAAGACCACCAAAUCCGCUCCAGGGUGUCUGCAACGGAAACGUGUACCGCGGAUGGCGAUUGUGGAAGUCGGCGCUCGCGGCCCCCUCCUGGGCUUGGGGCCUGGAAAUUGCAAGGCUGGAAGCUGUUCAUCUUUCGCACAAUCUGCGGUUGCUUUGGCGAGAAGAGACCUCCUAUGACAAGUAUACUAAGGUUGUCGACCUACAUCUGGGAGCCAAAAAGUGUACGGCUUGCGAAUUGCUCAAGGAUGUCCGGGGCAAGGAUCCGUGGGCGGAGAGUAAGUUGCUAUUUAAUAUCGCUCAUUUUCGACAUAGAGGGUACAAGUAUUUCGGGCAUUGA